CUUCCAUUUCCUUCUUCUCCAAAAUUUUCUCUCCCUUUUCUCUCUCUUUCUCUCGCACUCACUCGCAGCGCUGAAGCUAGCUAACAGUGUUUGAGUUAAGAUAGAGAUAUUGACAUUCAAUCUCCGCAAAUGUGAGAUUGGUUUUCAGCAAACAGUUGGCAAAUACAUAAUUCAAGUUGAUCGGAUAUAUUCUCUACUUGAAAUGCAAGACAUUCAGUCGUCGUUCGGAGGGAGGUUCUUCGGCGGAGCCGGAGCCGGAGACAGGAGGCUACGGCCGCACCACAACCAAAACCACCAGGCCUUGAAGUGUCCUAGAUGCGACUCGCUCAACACAAAGUUCUGCUACUACAACAACUACAACCUUUCUCAGCCGCGCCACUUCUGCAAGAGCUGCCGACGCUACUGGACCAAAGGUGGCGUCCUCCGCAACGUCCCGGUCGGCGGAGGUUGCCGCAAAGCCAAGCGAUCCAAGCCGAAGUCCUCUUCUUCGUCGCCGGCAUCACCGCCGCAGCCGAACAGCGAGCGCAGAGCUACCUCCAACUCUAGCAGCGAAAGCUCGAGCCUCACCAACACUACUGCCACAGCAACGGAGGCCGUCUCGGCGCCGUCGUCCACGUCAUCAGCUUCCAAUCUUCUCAACAUUCCAGACUCCAAGUUCUUCGUCUCCCAAAGCGGCGCAAACGCGAGUUUCGAGACGACGACUACUGCAACCAUGCUCGAACAGAGCGCUGCCACAGAAAUUGGAAUGUUCUCAGAUAUGGUAACCUUCACGAGCUUGAUCACGGCCUCGAACGACGUGCCGUUUGGUUUCACCAACAUCAACAAUAUUUCCGUCCCGCCGUUCAGGGUGAACCAACCGGGUCAUCAACAACAGCAGGUUGAGCAAAGCCAGUGGGAGCAGCAACAAAACAGCCAGGAAAUGAAGUUGCCGGAGUUGACCGGAGGAAUGCUGGAUCAGACAACGGCUCAGGUGGACUUAUCGGUGUUUCAAACAAAAGCCAACGGCGGAGGAGGAGGGUUUGGGUCGCUGGAUUGGCAGCCGGCUGGUGAUCAAGGUUUGUUUGAUCUCCCCAAUACCGUUGAUCAUGCAUAUUGGAGUCAGGGUCAAUGGACCGAUCAAGAUCCUCCCAGUCUCUACAUCCCGUAAAAAAAAUGCUCACUUUAACAAUCUCAGAUUUAAUUUAAACAAGAAUUUGAGAAAAUCUCAUAUAAAAAUUAUGAAUAUGACUUGCUUUGUGUAUGUAAAUUUUUUUCAUGUAUAAUUAAUCUCUUGGUUUCUUGAGGAUUUAAUUUGAUGAUUUUGUAAGGUGUUCUGGGCUUUGUUCUUGCCUCUCAUGCUAGUUUUACUUUUUUGGUUUUUGGCUUUGCCUCUAAUGUAUCUGGAUUUAAAUUAAUCAAAUUAUAUAAAUAGAAAAAUAUUAUAGUGCUUC